AUGGCGAUGAGUUCAUCUCGUUCUGUGCUGCUGCUGCAGCGAUCCCCCUACUUGCUGCUGCUGCUGCUGCUGCUGCUGCUGCAGCUGCUGCUGCUGCUGCAGGUGUCCAAUGCAAAGAGCUUAAAUAGCUGCCGAGACACCGCAGCUCCCUUCGGGCAGCAGCUGCCUCGCUCACUGCAGCAGCAGCAGCAGCAGCAGCAGCAGCAGCAACAGCAGCUGCAGCAGCAGCUGCAGCAGCAGCAGCAGCAGCAGCAGCAGCAGCAGCAGCGGCAGCGGGGCCUCACGCUUGGUUUUGUGUCUUCACUAAAAAUAUCGCUGCACAAUUUCAACAGCAAACAACCAACCAGCUGCAGCAGCAGCAGCAGCAGCAGCAGCAGCAGCAGAGUAUGCAGCAGCAGCAGCAGCAGCAACAGCAGCAGCAGCAGCAGCAGUGUUGAUGCUGAGGUUGCAGCAACACGGCGGGAGAUAGAGCAGCAGCUAAAAGAGGGAAAUAUAAAACCAAAUGAACUGCUGCAGGAGCUGCAGCAGCUGCAGCAGCAGCUGCAGCAGCAGCAACAGCAGCAGCAGCAGCAGCAGCAGCAGCAGCAAGAGCUUCGACCCAGGUCCCUGCAGCAGCUAAUAGAGUGGCUUGCUGCAGCAAGACACGGACAGCCUGUGCUGCAGCCAGCAGCAGCAGCAGCAGCAGCAGCAGCAGCAGCAACAGCAGCAACAGCAGCAGAGCCUUCCUCUUCAGAUACAGAAGAGUGA